AUGCAUACAUCCAUUAAUUCUAUUCUCUUGUUUUUAAUAUUAUUCACCAAAUAUGCAGUUUGCUACGCUCCUGGCGAACGAUUUGAAUUGGUAGCAGCAAUUAUAGCAAAUAAAUUAUAUUUUUGUGCCGGAGUUAAAACGGAUUUUACUCCACAGAAUGACCUUUUUUAUAUCGAUCUGAAUCAACAAUUUGAUGCUUCCGAUCCACCAUUUCAAUUCCAGAAUAAUAUAACAAGUACUCAUGAUGGUUCAGCAGUCGUUCAUGAAAGCAAGAUAGUCAUUUUUGGUGGUGGACUUACUAAUCGCAUUAUAAUUAUUGAUGAACCAUCCGGUCUUAGCAAAAUAAUUAGUAGCGAUAACAGCUCAGCGUGGCCAUCUCCAAGAAGAUUCCCUACUGCUUGA